GCAACACUGUCACGCUGUCGAAACAGAAAUUUAAUUUCCUCGAUUAUACUAGUGAAAACAUCAAAUUCUCUUAAAAAUAAUAAAUCUAGCUUAUAUUUAUUCGAAAUUUUUAAUGGAAAAAUUUAUCAUUCUCAAUCUCAACUACGGCUACCGCCCCCACGGCCCCUACCGCCGCCCGCCGCCGCCGCUAAACAACGUGCUUCACAAUGGCGGCUACGGUACAGCAGAAUUCCAUGCAGUCUGAAAAUGAUGUCCAAGUUACUGCCGAGGACCAGGAAAUGAUCAACAAGUUUGCAAGGCAGAACGCCAGGCUGGAAGAUGCCACCGAGGAAAUGAAACAUCUUGAGAAAGAGCUUCGUAACCUGGAAGAUGCUGCGGAUGAAGUCUUGAUGGGUGGAGAUGAAUCACCAGUACCGUACCAGCUGGGAGACGUCUUCGUGAGUUUGGACCCGGAAGAGACGCAACAAAUGAUUGGACGUGCCAAGGAGCAGAACAAGGCACGUGCUGCCGUGCUAGAAGAAGAGACACGCACCAUCAAGGGCAUCAUGGCCGAGCUCAAGUCGCAGCUGUACAACAAAUUUGGAAACAACAUCAACUUGGAACCUGACGACAGUUAAUUGUGUUCUCCCGAUGCUCAGACUAAUUUAAACCAGUCCGUCUUUUUCAGUUGGUUGCACCUUAAUUCCAUUGCUCCUAUUAACUACUGUGUGAUAUUGUCGAUGGGUGUGUGGCGCUGUAAUCUGUUUUGUUGUGUGACUAAAUUACAUUUGUUUUAAUCCA